GGAGAUUGCGGGGAAGCAGAGGCGGGAUCACGGGCAGGGAUGAGAUUAAUGGGAUUUUUGCCGAAGGGGUGAAGGACGCCACGAGUACGCCUGAGCUAUGGCGUUGCUGUGUUACAACAAGGGCUGCGGGCAGAGGUUUGAUCUGGAGCAAAACACCGAGGAUUCCUGCCUGUAUCACCCGGGUGUCCCCAUCUUCCAUGAUGCCCUGAAGGGCUGGUCUUGUUGCAAGAAACGCACGACAGACUUCUCUGAGUUCCUCUCCAUAAAGGGAUGCACAAAGGGGUUUCACAGCAAGGAGAAGCUCCCUGAGCCUUUCAGUGAAGAGGAGACCUCGGACAAGCCAAAGGCCAAACCAGUGGAGGAGCUCAUCAUCCAAGGACCAAAAUCAGCUGAGAAGAUGCAGCGGGAAAGACCAAGCUCUGAUGAGCCAAGACAACUGCUGCCAAUUAAAGUAUCCAGGUCUCUGGAGCAGGCACUGGAGAGACUGAACCUGUCCUCCAAGGAUGAGGCACCUGAGGCCAGUUGUGCAGAGGAGACGGCUGUCCAGGUGAGAGCUGGCACCGCCUGCAAGAACACAUCCUGCAAGGCGGUCUACAAGGGUGCAGGGAGCAACACAGAUGUUUGUAGUUUCCAUCCUGGCGUUCCUGUCUUCCAUGAGGGGAUGAAGUACUGGAGCUGCUGUGGAGUCAAAACAACAGAUUUCAGCACCUUCCUGGAGCAGCCGGGCUGCAGCAACGGGCGGCACUGCUGGAUGCGGAAGGGGGACAAGAAGGCGGUGUCGUGCCGGCAGGACUGGCACCAAACCAGCAGCCAGGUGGUGGUGACAGUCUACGCCAAGAAUCCCCUGCCCACCCUCAGCAGCGUGAAAGCCAAUCGCACCAUGCUUGAGGUUCACAUCAUCUUUGAAGGGAAUAAGAGUUUCCAGGCAGAACUGGAUCUCUGGGGGGUCAUUGAAAUAGAGAAGAGCUUUGUGAGCAUGGUCCCUACUAAAGUGGAGAUCAUGCUUCGCAAAGCCAGCCCUGGCUCCUGGGCCAGGCUGGAACUCCCCCAGAGCAGAUCUCACUCCCAUGGCGAGCAGGAGAAAGAGGCAGCUGCCAAGGCGGAGGAGCCCGGGGCAGUGCAGGGGGAGGACUCUGGUGACAGCUUGAGCUGGUCAGAGGAGGAAGAUGAGGAGCUGUAG